CGCCUCUCCGGACAGCAGGAAGGUGGUGAAGUGGAACGUGGAGGACACCUUCAGCUGGCUGCGGAGGGACCACUCGGCCUCCAAGGAGGACUACAUGGACCGCCUGGAGCACCUGCGCAAGCAGUGCGGGCCCCACGUCUCGGCGGCUGCCAAGGACUCUGUGGAGGGCAUCUGCAGCAAGAUCUACCACAUCUCCCUGGAGUACGUCAAGCGCAUCCGCGAGAAGCACCUGGCCCUCCUCAAGGAGCACAACAUCUCCGGUAGGAAGGACAGGGAGGUGGGGAAGAGCAUGGGAACACAGAGCCAGGCAGUGGGGUCAAAGUCCCCACUCAGCCCUGGAAGCUUCAUGGGUGGAUCUGGAGCAGUCACGUUCUCUCAGCUCAGAAGGAGAAGGCAACGGCAAGGGCAAAACCCCCCCACCUGA